CCCAAACUUGAGGAUGCAAGAUCCGCGGAGACGCUUUACCCACACUGUUUACAGCGCUAUUUUAAAGAAAACAAACAUGCAACCAUAACUUGUAUUAGCAAUAAUAACUUCUAACAUUGUUACAGUUACAUAUUUUUUUGGGGAAAAUAUAUAUUUUAAUCUAAUUGUCGUCAUGAGUCAACGCCAGGUUUUACAAGUGUUUGAGCAGUACCAGAAAGCAAGGACACAGUUUGUACAGACUGUUGCUGAGCUUGCAACCAGACCGCAAAACAUUGAAACUUUACAAAAUGCCGGUGUGAUGUCCCUGCUGAGGCCUUUGCUGCUAGACAUCGUUCCUACCAUCCAGCAGACAUCUGCUCUGGCCCUCGGACGUCUGGCUAAUUACAACGACGAUCUGGCUGAGGCCGUAGUCAAAGGAGACAUUCUCCCACAGCUCGUCUAUUCCCUGGCCGAGCAGAAUCGGUUUUACAAGAAGGCGGCAGCGUUUGUCCUGCGUGCAGUGGCCAAACACAGCCCCACUCUAGCCCAGGCUGUAGUGGACUGUGGAGGGCUAGACGCUCUGGUCAUCUCCCUCGAGGAGUUUGACCCCGGGGUCAAGGAGGCGGCGGCCUGGGCUCUGGGAUACAUUGCGCGUCAUAACGGCCACCUGUCUCAGGCCGUUGUGGACGCUGGGGCAGUUCCCCUGCUGGUUCUGUGUAUCCAGGAACCAGAGGUGGCGCUGAAACGGAUCGCUGCCUCUGCCCUGAGUGACAUCGCCAAACACUCCCCUGAGCUGGCACAGACCGUGGUGGACGCUGGGGCCAUCGCACACCUGUCCCAGAUGAUCCUCAACCCCGAUGCCAAGCUUAAGAGGCAGGUGUUUUCUGCGCUGAGUCAGAUCAGUAAACACUCAGUGGACCUGGCUGAGAUGGUUGUGGAGGCAGAGAUCUUCCCUUCGAUCCUGGUCUGCCUCCGAGACCCUGACGAGUACGUCAGGAAGAACGUGACCACGCUGAUGAGAGAGAUCACUAAACACACUCCUGAGUUGUCUCAACUGGUGGUAAACACUGGUGGAGUGGCGGCGGUGAUUGACUACCUGGGGGAAUGUCAAGGUGGCGUGCGGUUACCGGGGAUCAUGAUGCUUGGAUACGUGGCCGCUCACUCGGAAAACCUAGCCAUGGCUGUCAUCGUCUCUAAGGGGGUGCCUCAGCUGGCCAUCUGUCUGUCUGAGGAGUCAGAAGAUCACAUCAAGGCCGCCACGGUGUGGGCAUUUGGCCAGAUCGGCCGCCACACCCCGGAGCACGCCAGGGCCGUAGCGGCGGCUCACGUCCUGCCCAAGUUGCUGGCCCUCUAUAUGGACCCGGACAGCUCAGAAGACCUGCAGAUCAAGGCCAAAAAGGCCCUGAAGAGCAUCCUACAGAAAUGCACGCAUCUGCCUGCUCUGGAGCCACUGCUCUACGAAGCUCCCAGCAAUAUCCUCAAACACGUCGUCUACCAGUUCAGCAAGGUGCUUCCCCAUGACAGCAAGGCUCGUCGUCUGUUUGUGACCAGCGGAGGCCUAAAGAAGGUUCAGGAGAUUAAGGCUGAUGUUGGAUCUGCCCUGCAGGAGUACAUCAACUCUAUCAACAACUGUUACCCAGAGGAGAUAGUCAGAUACUAUUCUCCGGGCUACUCAGAGACCCUGCUGGAGCGGAUAGACAAGUACCAGCCUGUCUGAACUUAUGGUCUGGUUGGCGGAUAUGGGCUCUUUUCAUUAGUGAUUCAAACCACCGCCCCAUCCAUAAAUAUGUGGGGAUCAGACCUAUGUAAAAAAAAAAAAAAAACUCUCUUAUCAUUGUCUUUGUGCCAUUGGCCAGUACAUUGUUUGUUCAUCGCUGUGUAAGUCUAUGUUAGCAUUUGUAAAGAGGAAUGAUGUACUGCAUUAGUUUGCUCAAAAGUGUACACUUGCAAGCACUGAAUAUAUAGUUUGGUGUUAAAAAAAUUACACGACUGAAUUCUUGUUUUUUUAUUAUAGAAAAAUAAUCGGGCAAAUUAGAAAGUAAAUAAAAAAUAUAUAAUAAAUGUAAUCUCACUAACACCAUCACCACUUUAAAACUGUUCAGUUAAAAUAAAUGCUUACAGGCUAUUUGACAAGAUCUCUGCUGUGUUAGUAUUUCCACCUUAAAAUAUUAGCUAUUUCCUUUAGACUGGCGAAACCAUCUGCAUCUUUGUUCACCGUGUCUUUAGAAUAAUUAAUUGUAUCUUAUGUUAACGUAUAAACUACUCCUCAUUUGUUUGUCAGGAAGUUAAUUAUUAUUAAUAGGAAAUAUAUGCAUCGUGUAGUUUUUGGUCCCAGAGACGUAAUGUGGUUGAGGGGUGCCUUUAGGUUUCUUUUGUGAUGUCGUGCUACUGCAGGCUUUGCACAGCGAAGAUCCCGAGCAGUUGUAAACAGCACUUUGCUACCCCCUGGCGGUGUGAGAUAGCGGGCAUCUCACAUUUUCUUUCUCCGACAGCUGCGGCGCACAUGGCGACCCCCUCUUUGUUUAUUGUCCCUCAAUGCUUUAACUCCAGAUUGCACUUACGCUAAAAUAUGGUUAGUGUAUCUGGGAGUGUGUCUAAACACUGAAAUGGUGUGCAAAAUAUGUGAGCCUGCUAUUCACGCAUGUAGGUGGGGAUAUUUUUUAAAGGAUUUGUGCUAUAGGACUGGACCACCAGAAUAUUGCGCUUAGCUAUAGAAUAUAAUAGAAAUAUUUGCAACUGGGUUGGAUGAGACGGUCGCAAAAUCACCUACGCCGAACGAGAAUGUCCCAUGAAAGAACGGUUUGGAAUGCAAGGCUCGCUGCCGUUUAUGCGGCUGGCAGCCUAGCAGUACAGCGUUGAGGCUACUUGUAACCGAAAGAUUCCUAGUUCGAAUCCCCAGCAACAUUUUGAUUAAUAAUUAACGUGUGACCUUAAGCAGAAAAAGUUGAUCAAACAAGACCCUAGUAAACUUUUUGUUAAAGACCCGGAGGAGUAAAAAGAAAAAACGUCAAUAACCAAUUUUUAAGCUACAAGGUCAACAUUAUUGUACACAGCAAAUUUCAAAGUGUUAAAUCAAAACUCACAGUGUUGAAAUUAACACUUUUUCGGAGUUUAUAUAGGUCCACACUAAAUAGAGUUAAAAUAACACUUUAAAUAGUGUUACUUUUUUUUACACUUGCUUAGUGUAAAAACAACACUAUAAGUGUUCACUGUUAACACCAUUAGUGUUUCACCCCCCUCAUUUAAACCAAGUUAGUGUUGAAAUGACACUAGGUGUGUCAAUAUCUCAACACCAAGAGAUUUAUUUCCACACUUAGUGUUCAUACAAACCCUGCUUAAGUGUAAUUGGUAUUUUGACUAAAAAAAACAUGUGCAAUGUGCAUAAGUCAAAACGCUGUAUCAGUUUGACAUUUUAUUUUCAACAACAGAUUAAACAAUUACACCAACACAAAGGAAGGUACAAUAUACUCCCCAUCAUCUGACCCAUAUACACACUGCAGAUCAAAAGGCCUGUAGAACUUCAAGCUCUUGGCUUUUACAAGGUCACCCAACUCACAGUAUCUCUCUACUUUAAAUGCAUGAUAAUGUUCUGAAAAUCUUUCUGUGAAAAGUUUGUCGACAAUAAAAUACACAGUGCUGUCAA